GAACAGAUAAGUUUGAUGGAAACAUGCUGACUUGAAUUCUCAGAGUUCAGAUGUCAUUUAUGGCUGUGACGUCACUCCAGUCGGCAACACUCUGCGCUUCUCUGUCAGUUUCAUUGAGAUUCUUACUCACUGGCAGCGACUGCCUGCUUACAGUUACACAUAUGAAGCAUCCCUCUAACACAGUCAACAUGGGAUCCCAAAGAAAGGACAGUUUCCUCUGGGGAAAAGCACCUUCAACCUUCACUCCAAUAGAAAAGAAGCAGAUUGAAGUCAAUUAUCACAAGCAUGUAAUUCUUGAUGAUAUUCAGAAACUCAGGCUGGAGAUCGAAAACAUGAUGACAGAAAUUCAAACAAUGGAAGCUGAUGAAGAGAAUAAAAAUGUGAUGAAGAACAAGAGGAUCCAAUGUGGAAAAAAGAAGUUUAACAUGGACCCAAAGAAGGGUAUUCAGUACUUAGCAGAUAAUGGCCUAUUGGAGUGGAAACCGGAGGCUGUGUCAGAGUUCCUCUACAAAGAGGAAGGCCUCAAUAAAACAGCCAUCGGCAACUUUUUAGGGGAGAGGGAGGAGAUCCACCUUCAGAUCCUGCAAGCUUUUGUUGACCUUCAUGAGUUCUCAAACCUUAAUCUGGUCCAGGCUUUGAGGCAGUUCCUGUGGAGUUUCCGUCUGCCUGGUGAGGCUCAGAAGAUUGACCGUAUGAUGGAGGCUUUUGCUCUGCGCUACUGCACCUGUAACCCUGGGGUUUUUCAGUCCACAGACACCUGUUACAUCCUUUCUUUUGCAAUCAUCAUGCUCAACACAAGCUUGCACAACCCCAAUGUAAAAGACAAGACCACAAUAGAGCGUUUCAUCAGCAUGAACAGAGGAAUCAACAAUGGAGAAGAUCUCACCGAUGACCUGCUGCAGAAACUUUAUGAAAGCAUUAAGAAUGAACCCUUCAAAAUCCCAGAGGAUGAUGGUAAUGACCUCACUCACACCUUCUUCAAUCCUGAUCGAGAGGGAUGGCUUCUAAAAGAGGGUGGUAGAAUCAAAACCUGGAAAAGGAGGUGGUUCAUUUUGACAGAUGGCUGUCUGUACUAUUUCCAGUAUACAACUGACAAAGAACCAAAGGGAAUCAUUCCACUGGAGAACUUAAGUGUUAGGGAGAUGGAAGACACACACAAACAGUACUGCUUGGAGUUGUUUAGCCCUCAACGCAAAGGGGAGACAAUAAAAGCUUGUAAAACCGAAACAGACGGGAGGGUCGUGAUGGGCAAACACCAGUCCUACAAGCUAAGUGCUGCUUCUGAUGAGGAAUGUGCAGAGUGGAUUCAGGCCAUCAGAGCCUGCAUCACUAAAGAUCCAUUUUAUGACCUGGUAUCUGCACGCAAGAAGAAGAUUAUCAAUACCGAACACCAUGACUGAGGCAGAUGAAUGAAAGGCUGAACUGAAUAGAUUUGAUUUUAGCAACACCUGACACAAGCCAUCUGAACAGUUUGGAAUAAAGAAUCUCACCGUGCAUGUAGCCAUUGGUCUCGCUUAGUCAGCAGCGUUGUUGUGGUUGGGAGUUCUGUGAGGAACAAUUUUAGUAUUUAUUUGAAACUACAAGAAAUGUUACAGUACAAAUCAGCUGUACAUGACCCUUCGAAUGUUUCUCUCUCUCUUAUUUGUAAAAUGUUGUAAUAUAAUUGUAACUUGGCACUUUGUAAGAAUAAAUGUAAAUAGUUUGUUUAGUGUUUUGAAUAAAAUAUUUUGA